AUGUGUAUCCUUGGCAAUCAGCUCAAGGUUGACGUCCUCAUCCAGCUUCAUGUUCUUGGUGUGGAUGCGGAGCACUUCGAGACGCCCGACCUCGUCCGGCACGCCGAUGUCGAUCUCGCGAUCAAACCUUCCGAAUCGCCUCAAGGCAGGGUCGAUGCUGUUGGGACGGUUCGUCGCGCCCAUGACGAUGACGUGCGCGCGGGCCUUCAUGCCAUCCAUCAGUGUCAGCAGCUGGGAGACGAUGCGCCUCUCGACCUCGCCGUGAGUCUUCUCCCUGUUCGGAGCAAUGGAGUCGAUCUCGUCGAUGAAGAUGAUAGAGGGCGUGUUCUUCUCAGCCUCCUCGAAGGCCUUCCUCAGGUUGCUCUCGCUCUCUCCGGCCAUCUUCGACAUUAUCUCUUGCCCGUUGAUAAGGAAGAAGAAGGCCCCGGUCUCGUUGGCCACCGCACGGGCGAUCAACGUCUUGCCGGACCCUGGAGGGCCGUACAGGAGGAUGCCCUUGGGAGGCUUGACGCCAAUGCUCUUGAAGAUCUGCGGAUGCCUAAGUGGCAGCUCGACGAGCUCCCUGAUGAGAGUCAGCGGUUUCCCCAUGCCACCCACGUCAUCGUAGCCGACGUCGUCAAGCCUCUCCUCGUCCUCCCGCUUGACCGGCUCACCCUCGCAGAAUAUCUCCGUGUCGGGCGCCACGACACAGUAGUCCACCGCGGGGUCGAUCUCCAUGACCUUGAACUCGACGCUCCGCAUGCCGCCGCGCACGAGGAAGAGGUCGCCCUUGUGGACCGGGCGGAAGGCGUCCACGAAGUAGGGCUUGAGGUAGGCGUCGAAGAGGUUGCCCGUGAUGCCCUCGACGGUGUCGUCCAGAGGGAGGAUGUGCACGCGCUUACCGAACUUGGCGUCGUGGCACAGGUGCACGGACACGACGUCGGCGAUGCGCACGCGCAGGUUGGAGCGGGCUACCUUGUUGAUCCUGAGCUUGUGCCCCUCGCAGGUGUCGUCGGCCAGUGCCAUGCAGACCGUGUUGUGGCGACGUUUGCCCUUGAGCAGCACGAUGUCGUCCUGGAAUAUGGAGAGCUUCUCCAUUGUGGCCGGGUGGAGGUUGCACACGGAGUUGUCGUCGUUGGUGGCGGCCUCCUCCACCACCAGCCGGUUCGCCGCCUUCUUUGA